CUCUUUAAAACCCAGUCGCGGCAUUGUUCCUUGAGUUUCAGCAGCAAAACAACAACCUUUACGCAUAUUAGAAUAUGAUGAAUGACGAAGAACGACCAUCAGUUAGUGUACGACAACGUGCUGCAGCCAUAAAUCGCAACUUAAUAGAAGAACAACGAAAAUCUCAGAAGACGAUCAAUAAAAGAGGAUCAGGAUCAGUAGUCAGAGCACCAUGGCGAUCAGUAGGUGCAAUUGCAAACACGUCAUUACAACCGCGUGGGCCUGUACAACCAUCAACAACGCGUAUGAAUUUUCAACCACAAUCUCGGAGAUCACGGAUAGCGGACGCACUCAGUGAUCAUAAUAACAGCAAGAGUAAUCGGAAAAACGAAAUUAGCAAAAAUAAAAUGUCAUGGGGAUCAGCAGCAGCAUCCUCUGUGCGAGAAGGGUCAAGCGGUACUGCUAUGCUGCCACGACGCCCAACCUCAGCUACCACUGCACAACAGAUAAAUUUGAAAAUGGGAAAACGCCAACUAUCGUCCAAUGACUGCGAUGAAGAUUCACUUUUUUCCAGCAAGCAUAGAAAAACAACAGCGGAAUCUUCAGUACCUCGUCGUGAGCAAAAACAGCAAUAUCAUCGGGUGAUUGAAGAACAACAACAACCAAGACUAUCCUCAACAACACACCGCCACCACAGCCACCAACAUCAUUACGCUGUAACAGCGUCAGCAUUAUCAAAGCAACGCUCACCAAGUAUUAACAGCGCUGCCUCUUCAAGUCACCCAAUUCUCUAUGACGACCAGAUUGCCAACCUCUAUGCGCGAUAUACGCAGUGGCAAUGGAUCACACUUGAUGCAGAUGAAUCCACAGAUCGACAGCGGAUGGAAGAGGAGAAUCGACUCUUUGCCAUGUAUGAUUUACUAUGGGAACUGCGCCGAAACCAUGGCAGUGAUAGUCCGACUGUAAUUCAGAUAGCCGAUCGGUUGAAAGAAUUUUCCACCCUCUAUGAAGAACUUCAGGAUACAAUUCAGGGUGGUGGUGUGGGUUCCUUGAAACUCUCAGAUGACCUUAUUCAAAAACUGAAAGACAUCUUACAUGACUUGCGCGCGAGUGCACGAGACCUUGAUAACGGAUUGGAAGCAGACCAACAGUUGAACGAGCUUGAAACAGACUUUCGUGCGCUUGAAGAAUGUCAGCGAAUCAUCGGCAGCGUGGCGCAAGUAGAGGCUGAAAAUCAAAGUUUAUCUGCCAUCCUUUGACAACCUUCUAACAAAUGAAUAUAAACAAAACAAGAUUAGUGAAUCUCAUAAUAAUAGCUAUAAUUAGCGUUUCCACAUCAAUGUAUUUUGUUGGAGAUGAUGAAUGUCAACCUGGGUGUGUCGUAGGGAUGGAUGGCGUAAAUUUAUUUACUUGUUAAUUACGAUGAUCUAUUGUGGUGUUGUGCACCGCAGAUUUCCUUACAAUGUAUUAUCCAUUGUUUUUUUAGCUUUUUAAUUUGCUUUUUGAUAUUGCCUUCUUUUCGAAAAUGAGGAACAAUUGUUUGAAUGGAACAGAGAAAAUGAUGGGCAGUAUGAAAUCUAGAUUUAACUAGAAGAAGUAUAGUACAUGCUACGGCUACAUGAAGGAGAAAUAUACCAUCUGUUGUGCGAAAGCAUCGCUCACUCAUCGUUGCUGACUUUCGCGCGCUCGCGCGGAAAGAACAUUUUCCAAAGCACAGGAUAGUGUAAUAUA